ACAGACUACGACAGACCACCACCACCGCCGCCGCCUUUACCACUAUAAACCACGCCGCAACACCAACAGCAAUCGUCGCCGGUCGGCAGUCACGCACCGCAACAGGAGCGGCGCGCACCGACGAGACAGACUACACGCGGCGCGCCACUGCUGCAGUCGUCGGGGGAUCCCGAGACGUCCGAGUGCAUCACAUCACAGCUAAGCGAUCGUAUAUACAAUAUUUUUACCGAUUACCAUCACCGACGGCGCUCGUCAUACGCAUCAUCGACGGUACGAUAUGACCGAUUACGCUCAGGCUUCGGCGGCCGACCCGUCGUGGACGUGGUGGAUGACCACGGCCGCGGCGGCCGUCCGCUUGCGCAACCUCCAGCAUCAUCACGGCGACGGAAGCGGCAGCUGCAGCGACGUGGACGACGAAUACGCCGGGCCUGGCGGCAAGCGGCAGCGGGUCGGCGACGUCAGGGACGAUUGUUGGCGUUUUGACCGAAACGACCGCGGCGGACUGCUACUGCGACAUCGGCUAGAGCCGGACGACACGGCGUCCGCGGGCCCGUUAGACUUGUCGGUGAAAGCCACUCUGACGACGACGGCGGCGGCGGCGGCGGCGACAGCGACUGCGCGCGUGGUGGGCAAGCGGGGUGUAUCGGACGGGUACCCGGCGGCCACGACACCGGAGAAACGGCCGACCGCGGCCGCGACGGCCAACCGCGGUAAAUCGUCGAAAAAGACGGCGGCUGGCGGUACGGCGGCCUCGACGACGGCGGUAAAAGCGGCCACGCGCAAACUGCUGCCGCAGCUCAUGCUCGACCGUCACGUAGACAGGUCGUCGCCGGUGUCCGGUACGAUCAUCGUGCCGGCAGCUCCCGAAGAACCGACGACGGCCGCCGGCCGAAAACGUCUGGCCUCGUCCUCGCCGUCGUUGUCGUCCUCGUCGUCGUUGUCGUCGCCUCCGUACUCGACGGCCGCCGACUGCGGUGGACAGGACGGUGACCCGCGCGACGACGAAUACGACGGUGGCGACAUCGACCCCGAGUUCAACGUGGUCGUGGCCACCGACGAGGCUCGUCGCCAGAUCGAGAGCAUUCCAAACGCGCUGGGCCCGUACCGGUGCCGGCUGUGCGGCGUCCGGUACGUCGAUGCCUUUGCGCUGGCGCGUCACCGGUGCCGGUGCAUCGUGCACGUCCGGUACACGUGUCCCGAAUGCGACAAGGUGUUUCAGUGUCCGGCCAACUUGGCGUCGCACCGCCGGUGGCACGGCACCGGAACCUCGGUGAAAACGACCGGCGCCGGCAAGAACGGCAAGACCGGCGACAACGUCGGGUCCAAACCCGUCAAUGUCAUCGCUUCCAAUAUCGUCAGCGACAUUGCCGCCAUCGACGUCAACGACAGUGACGGUGCUGGCAGCAUAAUGACGGCGCCUGCAAUGACGUCCGCCUCGGGAUUCAAAAAGAACAUAUUGCAGCGGGCCGUGCAGGCGGCCGCGGCUGCUGCAGCCGCCGGCAACGACAACAACAACAACGACGGCGACAACGACAAGAAGCAGUGCAACAACGACCAUGGUGACAUCGCCAAAUAAGCAACUGCUACGUCACCGUUAUAGGUAUAUGACAUUUAUUUAAAGUGUAUAAUAAUUCGGUAGGUAUAUAAUGUUAUUAAUCUUUUUGUACACACAUUGGUAUAAUUUUACUGUUGGUGUAAUUACACAUAAUAACUUUUAAACAUCAUAGACCGCCGUGGUCUAACUUGAUCAUUCUAUGUCGUUGUGCUAAAGGUUAUAUUAUAAACCGGUCACAUUUUUAUUCGAAAAUGGUAUUAAACAAUUUAAAUAAGCAAUUUCUAUUAGAUGAUUUGAAUGUAAUAUAACUCUUUUUAGACACAAAAUGUCUAGAAAUAUUUCAAAAAAAAAAAAAAAAAAAAAAAAUACAUCUAGUAGUCAUAGCACAAUUCUAGUCAGAAACCCUAAAAUUUCUAGUCAUAAUAGUCAAUAGUCAUAGAUAAUUAAGUAUAUGUAUAAUGUACGGGAUGUGUAUGAAAAUAAUUCUAGUCUGAAACAAUAAUAUUUCUAGUCAUAAUAGUCAUAAAUAAUUAAGUACCUAUAUGUAUGCGAUGUGUAUGAAAAUAAUUCUAGUCAUACACGCGUACUCAUAUAUAAUAAUAUUUAAUAAACGAUAUAAUAAUAAGAAAACUAAUAUUAAUAAUAAAAUUAAUAACAUUUAAUAUUGGAUAUUACAGUCUAAUACUUCGAUAGUAGCUUAGUGUAAUAUUAACAGUCUAGUCCAACUUGUAUAUUAUUGUCUAGUCCGUUGUAAUUUUUCACAAAAUAAAUUUAAUUCUAGUCUUUUAUAGUUGCUUACCUCUCUUAAAUUAAAUGUAUCCAUGCAAUCCAACAAUCAUCAUCUAUAAACCUUCCUCCAUCUAUUUCUUUGUACAAUCCGUUUCCUACUUUAAUCAUAUUUUUUAAGUGUUUUUUCUAUUCAUAACAAACUUAAGCUUAAACUUCCUCGUGGAAAAUAAGUCAACGCAUAUCACCCGGCGAUGACGGGCAUUCAAGUCACCACAGCCGCAGCAGUAUUAUAAUAACAAAGUGCGUAAUUUUACCUCUAUUCGAAUCCGUCACCACUGAGUAGUAUGCAACAGACACUGGGACAUAAUGAGUCAGUAUUUAUAUUAUAUAUUAAGUAUACCAACAACAAUAAUAUUGUGUAGGUUGUAUUUCAUUGUUAAAUUAUUGUUAUAGGUUUAUAUAGUUAACUGUUAUUUAUAUUUUAUAAUUUAUAUAUAUAUAGGUAAGUGUGAUAGCUGUUAGUGAUUGUCAAUAUACGAGUUUAGGUGUAUAUAGUUUCGUAUCGACUAAAUUACGCCACUGUCACACUUCAUAUUUAUUAUAAUAAUGUGUAUAAGAAGUAUACAUAAAAAAUUUUAUUCAUUAAUUGUAUAUUGUUAAAAAAACGCCGUCGUACGGCACGAGUACGUUCUAGUCAUUUUCCCCAGAUAUUAUAUAUUCAGACCAAUAUCUAUAUAAAAUAUAGGUACGUCUUAUAACAUUUUCCUCCCAGAUAAAUUUAUAUUAUAUUAUAAGAUUAUAUGUUUUGUAUAUAUUAUCGUAUUUUAAGCAAUAGAUAGAAAUAAUCAUCUAAUAGAAAUAAAUAUCCAUGUCCAAUCGAAUAAUUGUAGUCCAUAUAUAGUUUAGUCAAGUUGAAAUAAACUCUAGUCAAUAAUAGUCAGUAGAAAUGUAGUUGAAAUUCAAUCUAGUCAAGAACAUAAAGUAUCUAGUCAAAAAGUAUGAUCUAGUCAAGCAUAGUCAAUAAAUAGUAUAUCUAUAUACUAUAUAUUAUAAUAUAGUACAGUCAAAAUAAAAUCUAGUCAAGCAUUGAGGGUUAUACAGGAGAUAUAAUAUACUUAUUUACUAUGUAUAAGUAUAUUGGUUAGUCAAAUAAAGAGUAUAAUUAUAUAUAAAUCCAGUCGGAACAUAAUCUAGUCAAUUAUAGUCUAGUCAAUUAUAAAUUAAAUCUAGUCAACCAACAUUGUGGGCUAUACAGGGGAUAUAAUAUACUUAUUUACUAUGUAUAAGUACAUUGGUUAGUCAAAUAAAGAGUAUAUAAUUAUAUAUAAAUCCAGUUGAAACAUAAUCUAGUCAAGUCAGAAUCUAGCUUAGUCUAUAUAAUAAAAUCUAGUCGAAAGGAUUUUACAAUACCAUAUAGUUGGCAAAUCAUGUUAUAUGAUAUCGUACAUGAUUUGGAAAUAUUAACCUCUACUUAUUACCUCAAGCAACAUUUUUCACAAAAAUUAGUUAAUUAUUAAGGGGAUAUAUAUUUUUAAUUUUAUAAUUAACAAAUCAGAGUGGGUGUUUUAAAAUAACUAUUAUUUACUUCUGUGGUAAAUAAAAAAAGUACGCGGCGGUCAUGAAUGAUAAAUAUGUGUAUAAAAAAAAAAUAAAAAAAAAAAAAAUUUAAAUAACCAAUAAUAAUACCAAUGUGUCUACUUAUAAUAUAUUUAUUAAAGUCUACGAUGAUAUCUUAAUAAUCAAUAUGUACACGUACGAAUACCGAAUAUAUUAUAAUAAUUGCUAUAUUAUGCAAGAAAUAUGUCUAUUACAAUAACAUUUAUUGAUUACUAUUUAUUGUAAUAUUUUGUAUAUUUUAUUAUUAUAAAAAUGUUAAUAUUAUAAUUAUAUUUGUAUUAUUUGAUUUUAUAAAUAUAUAUAUGUGUGUGUGUGUGUGUAUGUGUGUGUGUGUGU